UCUGUUUCAAUUUGAGAGUCUCGCAUCUUUUCUUCUAUGUAGAAUUCGUUAAACCAUUGAGAGUAGUUUUAAAAAUUUAUCUCCAGUUUUCUAAAAUUUACAUGCACGAUCUAUUAUGUGGGAGAAAAUUUAACAAUAACCAUCUUCACAUAUUAGAUGGAUUGGUUGCCUGAAUUUUCAAGUUCUGCUAUUUUUAAUUUUGAGAUGGCAGCAAAUAAUUUUUUUUAGUCAUCUAAUGACACCAUCGUUGACAUUGAUUCAUAUUGUUGCAGGUUACUCGGGCAUACUUUGAGAAACAUGGGUCAAAAUCUUUUGCAGUUUACUCAAUUGAUGUGACUGAUCUCGACAAUAAGUGGUUUGUGAAAAGGUCUGGAUGUUACUUCGAUUUUGAAUCACUGAAUAUUGCUCUGCUUGAAAUAUUUUGCCUGCAUAUUGAUUUACUUUAUUCCAGCCUCAGUACAAGAACAAGUUUAGUUUCAUGAUAAGAUCAAGAUUGCUCGUCUUAGACUACUCGGUUGAUAGUUCUAAUUUGGGACUUUGUCUGCAGGUAUCAGAAUUUUGAGAGAUUUCAUCGGCAUCUUAAGGACAUCCCCAAUUAUACGUUACAUUUGCCUCCCUAGAGGAUAUUCUCAUCAAGCUCUGAGGAUGCUUUUGUUCAUCAGCGUUGUAUUCAGCUUGACAAGAUAUGUUAUCAAUUGCCAAUGUUGCUGAGCAACAUGAAGUAUGGGAUUUUUCGAGUCCCUCCUUCAAGUUAAUGUGGAUGAUGAUAUGGAUGAUAUUGCACGCCAGAUUAAAGGUGCCUUAAUGCGGACGGUUGUUGCUUCACCCUCCACUUCUUAUGAACUGGCUUCUUCAGUUACAACCAGGAACUUGUCUUGGAACUCUAAUGAUAUUAACAAACUGGGUUUGAGGCAAAGUACCUCAGAGUCAAUUAACAGUUUUUCUUAUAACGAGGAAGGUGACGAGGAUAUAAACUAUGUGGCAGAGAAAGUAUAUUCUUCAGCACAAGCCAGUGGGUGGCAUUCUGACAAUGAAUUGGACUUAAAGGGGCUUCCACCAUGGGUUUUUAAAUGCAAUGAAGAUGUGCAAAACUUAGAUUUUGAUUCAAUAGGUGGUUUGAGGGUGCAAUCUAAAUCACAUAGCGUGAGCAGAUUUCCGGAGGCAAGAUUAGCAUCAACAUCAGUUCAUAAAGAGGGUCAAAUAGAGGUGCCUCUAGAGGUAUUGUGCAUUUGGUAGAUUACUUUGUAAUCACCGGUUUUCAUUUCAUUUUUUUUUUCAUUCUUCUUUUUCUAUUCUGAUUAUUGACCCGAAGUUAUUCUGGAGUAAUUAUUACAGUCUCAUUUCCUUCAUCUAUCUACUCUACACACACACUUUCUCACUCUUUAAGUAUUUAGUGUAUUAUUUCAUUGUAGAGAUUUGGCACUACACACUUCUGCA